UGUUCAGUCAGUCGGGAUUUGUGCAGCCGGAGGGUUUGAACCAGAGAUCGUUGGUCCAGAAACUUAAGGAGGAUUUGGAAAAGUGUACCACCAAAGUGCUCUUAACUAUCCGAAUUCCUUUUAGUAACUGAAAACAGUAACUUCCGAAACUAGCGGCUGGAUCGAAGGUUUCGAGUAACCAAAAAGAAAAUCACUAAAAGGAAAUCCAAGAGACCGUAUUUUUAAAUCAGCGAGAUGGCACAGGAGACGAAGACGGUGGCGCCAGCCAAGGAUCAGCACCAGCAGGACCAUAUUGAUGAGGAAGAAGUCAGGGAACUGAACAAGUCGCGCAGCUUCUACGAUCGGAUUCGCGAGCAGGCGGAGCGCUUUUCCAGCACGCGAAUUGGGCAAUUCGUGAUCGAAAGGGCGGAUCGCGCCUUGGCAAUGAUCGAGGAUACGGCCAAGUGGAGUCUGCCGAUAGAGAAAUCUUCGGCUCCCUUGGAACGUCCUUUGCCUUGGGUUCCUUUCCUGAUGCUCAUCAUCCUGCUGCGAGUCACUCGCAUUUGGCUAUCGGUGGGCGCCCUAAUGAUCGGCAAUGGUCCCAUAUCCCCCUCGGACAUGGUCUACUUCAUCCAGACGCGACGUCGUAAGCUGCGGGCCAUCCGGGUUCAUGGCCUUCGGGUCAUGAGGCAUCGCCAGCAGGAGGUGUCCUACGGCAGUGGCAAGGGUCUGACCCAGAAGCUCACUCAGUGGUUUUCCCGGGCCAUGUGCCGUCCAGGAGUUCAGCAGGACACCAACAGUCGACGGGUGUUUGUGCGCCACUCAGAGCAGGGACUAAACAAUUCCGUGGUUGUAAAGCGUCCGCGGGAAGAGGACUCCAAUGCCGAUGCCGAUCAUAACCUGACCAUCGAUCAGAUGCUGGCCAAGUAUGCCAACGAAAACUCCGAGGAUGACUCUGACUUUGUGCCCAAUGAAGAGGAGGAGGACGAGAGCAGCAGCAGCAGCAGCAGCGAGAACAGCGAUUCCGAAUCCGGUUCCAGCGAGGGAAUUAGCAGCGGCGAGGUGGAAGAGCUUGUCGACCAGGCCAAGCAGAAACCAGCGUUGGAAAACGGUGUUCACAAGCUGCAGGAGAAGGAAAACGAUAAGGGAAAACCGAACGUAACGACAACCAGCAAUGGCAACAACGACAAGGAGCAGGCGGAAGUUGCUGCUGCCCACCAGCAGGACGAGGAGUGGAAGUCUUCGCCGGGACACAUAAGCGCCGCCAUGAUGAACACUCGACUCUACAACAAUACCGCCGCUGCAGCCAGCACUGAACCCGACCCAGAACCAGAAUCCGAAACCCCAUCCGAACCUCCAUCCCAAUUCCAAUCCCAAACCGAAAACGAUGAAUCAGACGAAGACGAUGCAGACGACAGUUGCAGCACCAGUGGCAGCAGCCAAACCGGGAGCACUAUCUACCAACGGGAUAUCCAGGCCCCGGAAACCCAGCCAGAUACCCAAACGGAACAGAUCCUCGAGAUUGCCGCCACCCUAAGCGACUCCCAGCUAUCCAACUAUCCCACUGUCAACACCCUCACUCCUGCCACCUCCUCCGAAGAUAUAUUCUAUAGCCCUAUCGGUUCACCCACUUGCUUCAAUACUAGCCUAGGAACCCAGGCCCUCCUCAAGAGGGCCAGCAUCCAAUCCGUCCUGGCCCACUCCACGCCCACUGCGGAGACGACAGAUCAACCCACUGAAGAGGCGAAAAACUCAACUCCCCAAGCACCUGCAGCCGAGAAACCCCAAACUCCGAAGGAAAACCAUCAACAGAAUCAGCAGCAAAAUCAACAGCAGCGUCAGCGCAAUCAUUCCCACCAACGCUACCGUGGACGCAAUCGGCGUUAGACCGUAUCGUUCGAUUUUCCUCCUAGCCAGCUAGCCUUUUUCCUAUUCUUUUACAUUCCCAUAUUGUUAGUGAAUACUGCGAGUAAAUCUCUGAAUUUAA